CUCCCCGAAGUAUGACACGGAUAUGCUUAACAAGCCAGCAUUCACUCGGACGUCCUCAGAAGCUCUUCCAGCUGCUGUGGUGUAUUUACUUACCAGCAUCCCUAGACCAUGCCAGGCAUCGUUGGACCACCGUUCCCGGAAGACGUACCUACGCACCCUCUGCUCGUAGUCGACUACCAGCUUAUCAAGGCCGGAGACCACGACGAGACCGAGAAAUUAUGGAGAGCAGCCACGCAGCUGGGUUUCUGGUACUUGAAGAACCAUGGAGCGGAUGCUGAGGUGGACGCUAUGUUCGAGAUGGGCUCUGAUUUUAUGGAGCUUCCUAUCGACGAUAAAAUGCAAUUCGAACAAGGAGACAACGGCGCGUCCUUUGGAUACAAAGCUCGAGGUGUGAACGCCAUUGACGAGAAGGGAAACCGCGACUCUACGGAGUUCAUCAAUGUCUCGAAGGACGAUGCGCUCGCCUUCCCCGAGGUCGUGCAUCGCACCUACCCCGGAAUCCUCACCGCGCGCAUGGACACCGUCAUCCGACCGUUCGUCGAUAAGUCACUGGAGGUGAACGGCACACUUAUCGGCGUAUUGAACACGAAGCUCGGUUUGCCUGAGGGGACGCUUGCUCAACUGCACAACCCAGCGGAGAGGAGCGGCUGUGUCGCCAGGGUGAUUCGCACGCCGCCGAAGGAUGGACCGAUUGACGACGAGAAAGCGAUGCUGGCUGCCCAUACUGACUUUGGAUCGCUGUCUUUCCUACAUAACCGCAUCGGGGGCCUCCAGGUGCUUCCGCCUGGCACGGACAAGUGGCAAUACGUCAGGCCACUCCCGGGACAUGCGAUUUGCAACAUUGGAGACUCGAUGCACAUCUUCAGCGGUGGUAUCCUGCGCUCGAACAUGCACCGCGUCAUUCCUCCCCCAGGAGAACAAGCAAAGUUCGAACGUUACUCCCUGGUGUACUUCACGCGUGCGAGCGACAGCGUCGAGCUGCGCGCCCUCGUGGACGACAGCCCACUGAUCGCUGCGGCCGUAGCGGAUGCGCCAAACGCGCAGGCGCGCUUCUGGCCGGGUGUCUCCGCUCAAGAAUGGCUGCAGCGCAGGGUGCGCAACCAGAGACUCAGUCACUUCAAGGGUCCGGAGAGCUUCAAGUCGUGGAUGGGCACUGAGGACGUAUCGUCCAUGGUAAAGACUAGAACGAGCGUGGAGAGCGCAGCCGUACGUCAGGUAGCGGCAUGAGCCCUUCGGCUCCCCUACCCCGCAGGGUUCUUGUAUCAAGGUUCGGCUUAUCCACAGUUGCGUUCUAUGCCGAUUUGUGACCGUAUCGUGGCUAAACAUUGUGGCUUUGGUGAGGGUCUGGAGUGCAGACGGGCAUUGACUGCGGGAAUUGAGAUGUCUUCGAGGAAGGACGGUUGUCUCUCGGGUGUGUUAUCUACGCCCAUCGCACCCACAGGUGGUCCCGAUUCACCUGCCAUCCAUGCGGCACGAGAGGUCAGCAGACGCGACCGGAAGCCCCGUAGAAGUCCGAAUCCGCG